UCCGCGCGGGCGGUCUUACCGGACCGGAAUAGCACCGAUCGAGAGCGGCGCCCUGCACCGGCGGAGGCAACGGCACCCCGGAGGAGAACCGAGCCGAGUCCGCCGAAGUCAAUGAGUAUUGAGACAGAGCAGCCCCCGCGGUGGAGUCGGCCAGGGCAGCACUCUCCUAAAAUAUGAGCAGGGGUGCUCGGACGCGUCGACAGCAUGACGAAGGCGUCAAAUACUGCUGCUUCGCACCCCGAGGGACCGACAAGCCGUCCGCCGAGUCGGAGCGGGCCCAGAGAUGGCGACUGUCGCUGGCCUCGCUCCUCUUCAUCACCGUCCUGCUCUCGGAUCACCUGUGGUUCUGCGCCGAGGCCACGCUCGCCCGCACCAGGGACAAGCGGCGCUCGGGCUCGGGCCCGGGCGGGUUCGGGGUUCGAGAGCCGGCGGGCGAGCAGCCUCGCUCCCGGCCGCACUGGUUCCCCCCGCCGUCGUCACCAUCUUCACCGCCGCCUGACCCCCACCACGCCAGAGAGCAAGAUGCUAUUUUUCUAGGGAAUUCUACCCAGCCUCUGUGGCGGAUGGACACCUGUCACCCGGACAGCGUGUCCAAAGACUGCUUCACUUUCACGGACGCGGACACCGUGUGCCUGGGCCUCGGAGGCGGAGAUGGGACGCAGUCGGCGUACGUCAACCUGAGCGAUUUGUACCUUUCUUUUUGUAAUUCCUACUCACUUUUGGAUUUGUUUUACGGGUUUACGAGUCCACGCGACACGAAUUGCACCCUGGAUAUGGCCACGGGGGCGGACGCGCCGGGAUGCGGCGAGUGCGUCCGGGCUUACCAGCUCCUCGACCGCCAGGCGGAGGACAACUACCGGGAGUUCGAACUCCUGGUGCGCAAAUACGAGACUGACGCGUACUCGGUUCGGACGUGCAUGGAGGAAUGCAAGCUGGCGUACAAGCCGUGGCUGUGUGCUCAGUACUUCCAGACCACCCAGUUGCACUGCACCAAGAGAAUCCCCUGUGGGCAACACUGCCUGGAGGUGCAGCAGCGUUGCCCCUUCGUCCUCCCCGACAACGACGAUCUCAUCCACGGAGGCAGCCCCAGUUUUAUAUGUACAGGGUCGCCGGAGGAGCGCCCGUCAGGCGCGGACCCGGACGCGGAGUGCUGCGACGUGCGGUGGGACUUGAAAUCGGACAACCGCUCCCGGGGGACCCUGAAAAGAACUCACCCGCCGUGCCAGCACCGAACCUCCCUGGGCUCCUCGGCGGCGUGCAGACUGUGCAACAGCCGCCUCAAACUCUGCCUGCUGGUGCUGGUCCUCCUGCACACCGUCGCCAGCCUCAGCGCGUCCCACAAUGCAACGGGCUUGGGGCUCCCCCCCAUCGCGCCUCUGGAGGAGAGCCCUGCCAACGAGGAGUGACGGGAGCUGCCGGGAGGAGAAACCAGAUAAAAACGUCUCUACGCUGGGUUGUCACGUCAGACAGCGGACGUCGAUGUUGACCACAGGAAGGGCUGACCUCAUUUUAAUUCCUUUUCUUGACAAUUGCGUUCAUUUGGGAUUCACGCCGCAGCUCAAGGGAUCAGGUAUUCUAAAUAUUAAUAAUAAUCUAAAUGCAACAUUCAUUCAGAGAUGUCCGAUCCAAUAACUGAUGUCCACCAUUCUGUGAAGCAGCUCACACAAGAAGUAUUUUUUAAAAAAUGAAAAAAAAAAUCACCCAUUUUAUAUCCCUCCACUCCCUGCAAAGCAAAAAAAGACCAAAAAAGAAAAAUAAAAAGCGCUGCUGGUCCUUUAGCGACCACUAGAUGGCUGUGUUGAUCCUCUUUUGCUGCAGUUCCCACUGCUGAUGAGCGCCCGGGUGACAUUUUUUGGGAGUGCUCAGGACAGGAAAAUCCACCCUCCCUGCCACCAUGUAAACUUCAAGCCACACAGACAUCAAAUCGUCACGUAAAAUGAAGUCGGAGGGAGCUAAUAGACGCGGCAAUCGAGAUCAACGCGCUUUCUCAGAUUCUGAUUCACGGUCUCUACUUACACGAUAAAAUGUACGGUGAAAAAUAAUUUGUUCCCCCAAGCCCAAUUUAAGAAAAAAAAAAUAAAUACAACAUAGGGAUGGGAAUAGUUUUAUGAGACUAGGUCAGGGUGAACCGGCAAAACCACAAAGCGUCAAAAGUUUUUUUUUAUAUACAUUUAUUUCCAUGUAUUUAUUUUUACUUCCUAGUUUGUGUUAAAUACAUAUCAUUGCUGUCCAAUGUAAAGCAUAUAACUCAGAUUUUUGUGAUUUUUUUUUAAAUGAAUUUAUUUUCAUUUUUUUAAUUUGAUAUCUUUGUGCAAAAUCAAAGUGCUAUACACAAAUAACAUAAUACUGAAUAUGAUUUGUUAUGUUGUUAAUAUAAUGCUCAUUCCAAGUGAAUCUGUACACAAAAAUUGCUUUUUAAUGCAAUAUUUGUGUGUUUUUUCCCCAUUGGACAGCACUGAUAUGAGAGUUUAAAAAAAAAAUUCUUUUCUUUCUCCACGUAGAGUUGGCGCAAAGUGUUGAAAGAGCAACGGGAAGUAAACAGGGUCGGUCAGGGUUGCAGAACCUUUGCCUUUCACCUCAUAAACAUCGACAAACCUCACCAGAAGCACAUUUGAGAAUAUUUUUGGAAGUAUCGACGGCGUGUGCGUCAUUUAUUUUUAUUUUUUGUGUGUGUGUGCAAACAACUCGCUGUGUACGGCCCUUUGAAUUCAGUUCAAAGUUCAGAUGAUUGUGGUCUGUAGCAGUUGUAGCUAACGCUUGUUUCCAAAAAGCAAUGUUUUUAUUUGUUUGUUUGUUUGUUUGUUUACUUUCAGGUUUGUAUUGUGCAAGUACCUCAAUUCCUGUCCACGUGUCUCGUACUUAUUCUCGUCUCUCUCCUGUGGAUCUAUGCAGAAGCCCAUUCAUGUUUUUUGCUUUUUGUUUUUUUUUUUUUGGGUUGUAAAUAUGUUCCCUGGUAUUCUGAACAACGUGUUUUUUUUUUUUUUGUUUUUUUUUUUUUAAAUUCAUUAUUAUUAUUUCAAGCACCUGAAAUCAUGCGUUAAAGAGAACGUGUUUAAGUCCUCGGCUUUGUCAAGAAAGCGAGAAAGGUUGUGGUUGCCCGUGUGAAUGCGGAAAAGAUUUUAUCGACUUUAGAAAUGGGGAGGGGGGGUGGCAUAUAGAAGUAUCAUUGCGAUUAUGAUUAUUAUUAUGAUUACUAUUACACAACCAGUAUAUUGUAAUAUUAUAGAUGCUUUAGUUGGACUAACUUCUUUAAUUUUUUUACAAGCGACUUUGAUGAAAUGAUUUAUAAAAACGAGUCUGACAAGUCACGAUCUUUUCGAGAAGUAUGAAAAACAACUGCUACAAUGAUUUAAAAAAAAAAACUGU